CGGGGGGGGGGGGAGGUCACGUGACCGGAGGGAGGGGCUGGGGCAGCGCGGCCACGUGAUAGCACGCGGCGGCUACGAUGGGCACCGCUCUGGACAUAAAGAUCAAGCGGGCCAACAAGGUCUAUCACUGUGGGGAAAUUCUUUCUGGAGUUGUGGUCAUAACAAGUAAAGACACAGUCCAGCACCAAGGUAUCUCAUUAACAAUGGAAGGAUCAGUAAAUCUGCAGCUUAGUGCCAAAAGUGUGGGUGUGUUUGAAGCUUUCUAUAACUCUGUCAAGCCUAUUCAAAUUAUUAACAGCACUAUUGAAAUGGUAAAACCAGGAAAACUGCCCAGUGGCAAAACAGAAAUUCCUUUCGAGUUUCCCUUGCAUAUGAAAGGCAACAAAGUUCUGUAUGAGACAUAUCACGGCGUCUUUGUUAAUAUUCAGUAUACUCUGCGGUGUGAUAUGCGACGUUCUCUGUUGGCAAAAGACCUGACUAAAACUUGUGAAUUCAUUGUCCACUCACUGUCACAGAGAGGGAAGCUGAUGCCAAGUCCAGUAGACUUUACAAUUACCCCAGAAACCUUGCAGAAUGUUAAAGAGAGAGCCUCACUUCCAAAAUUUCUCAUCAGAGGUCAUCUCAGUUCUACAAACUGUAUCAUUACACAACCAUUAACAGGAGAACUGGUAGUGGAGAAUGCAGAAGCUGCAGUCAAAAGUAUUGAACUGCAAUUAGUACGUGUGGAGACCUGUGGAUGUGCAGAGGGAUACGCCAGAGAUGCCACAGAGAUUCAGAAUAUUCAGAUUGCUGAUGGGGAUAUCUGCAGGGGCCUACCAAUUCCUAUAUACAUGGUGUUUCCCAGGUUGUUCACUUGCCCUACACUGGAAACGACAAACUUCAAAGUUGAGUUUGAAGUUAACAUUGUUGUCCUUCUGCAUGAUGAUCAUCUCAUCACAGAGAAUUUCCCCCUGAAGCUCUGCAGAACGUAAAUAGCCACAGGAGGACUACCUAAGGAUUUACCAAAAAAGGAGAAAAUUCUUCAGAGACAAGGCUGAAUAUUGUCCAUGGAUUAGUUUAACCAAAAACACAUCAUUUCCUCCUUUCUGCUGGUAGUUCUCAUGUGUUCAGUCCUCUGUAAAUCUUCCUGAACACUCUGCCUGUCUUCUCACGAUACGCUAAGCAGAUGUAUCUCACUGGUCAGCCUUGUCAGGUAUCUUUCUGAAUUCAGCAGCCAUGUUUCCCACUUUCUCUCAGACAAAUCCUGAAGGAAUGAUUUGGGAUAUUUCUACAACUUGCACAAUGUAGUAAAUUUCUCUGGAACAAGUACUACAUUAUGAAAUACACAAAGUUCUUUAAAGACUUCUUAAACCUAAUAAGUCCUAUUAUAUACUAUGUAUAUUAGGUAUGGGGGGAUAUUGGACUUGUGAUAGAAUGCUGAAUAGAAUGUUCCAAGAUAUAUUAAAUGGUGCUACAAAAACGUAAGAUGGUGUUGCAUGAAUGUUGCAAGGCGAAUGUGAAAUAAGAACAAACUAAGUGUGUUUUGGUCAAAUAGGGAUUCCGUAUUGAACAAAUGGUCUGAGAACUGAA